CACUCUCACUCGGGCCCUUCUCAAAUCUACGUACGCCUUUUUUGUAACCGGAAAUCCUACCUUCGUUUAUCAAUCUGUUUAAUAGACUUCUUCUUUCUUUCUUUCUUUUUUCCUAUUUCAAAAUGUUUUCCAUGUUCAAUUCUAUCCCGACUCACAUGGAUUACAAAGGUCAGAAACUUGCAGAGCAGAUUUUCCAAGGCGUCAUCCUGGUCUCAGCUGUCAUCGGAUUCAUUUAUGGUCUUAUUAUCGAGCAGUUUGGUUGGACUGUUUAUAUAAUGUUAGCCGGAUUUGCCCUCUCCUGUUUGCUCACACUGCCUCCAUGGCCCAUGUACAGACAAAACCCUCUCACGUGGCAGCCACUCAUCCCAGAGACACCCGAGGUCCGUGAAAAACCUCAGGAGAACUUAAAGAAGAAAAAACACAAGUAGAACCGUUCCGGCUGCGGGGCGACGCGCCUGUGCACUGGUGGACUUGCGGAAAGAGCGAACGACGGACGGCUUCAGCGACACAUUCGUUUGUUUUCAUGUAAAAUUCCACACGUGCUUAAUAAAGAGGAUUAUUUGUAUUAUA